CGGCUCCGCCCUCAGUCGCGUGUCGCUUCCUGGAGCCGUUCACUGACUUCGCUGUAAACAAAAGUUAGAAACGGUUCAAAAUCAUCCUCACAGUCCGCGGAAAAGACAUGCAUAUCAAAACAGGUUCCUGGGAAGCUGCUACUACAGUCUGUGAGUCCGACCCUCUGUGCGACCCUGCGGUGCUUGUUUCUGCUGCAAACUCUGAGCCCCAAAUCCGCAACCGGCGCUUGUCUCCCGGAUCAGGCAGCGGAGGCGGGGGAGGAGGAGGAGGCUGCAUCCCAGAAAACAACCAACAGCAAGCCCCACGCCAAAUCUCCCCCGAAAUCUACGUCCCCCCAAAUGGACAACCACAAGGUCCAGCAGUACGCAAAGAGAAGGAACGUAAGGCACACAAAGGCAGGAGUGCGCGCAGAGAGAGCCACAAGGGGGCAAAAGAGAGGAAGGUGUCACAGAAGGAGCGCUGGGUGAAGGAGAGUCUCUCUCUUCUAAAGCCUCCUCCGGCCUUCCCCGUUCAGGACAGCCCCGCCAAACUGCAGCCUGCCGUCAGCUACGCCUCCAAAGUGAAGGCAGGGGCAGCUACAGGUGGGCUCGAGGAGGACCGCCCAGCCAUUGGUGUUCUGCUGCAGAACCAAUGGGGUCUGAGUUUCAUCAGUGAAGCGCGUCCUGUUCCAGAGACCUCCGAGUCUCAACCCCCAAAGGAGAUGUGUGCAGAAGGGCUGUGUGCAGAGGACCCGGAAGGCCCACGUGCGGAAGGCCCACGUGCGGAAGGCCCACGUGCGGAAGGCCCACGUGCGGAAGGCCCACGUGCGGAAGGCCCACGUGCGGAAGGCCCACGUGCGGAAGGCCCACGUGCGGAAGGCCCACGUGCGGAAGGCCCACGUGCGGAAGGCCCACGUGCGGAAGGCCCACGUGCGGAAGGCCCACGUGCGGAAGGCCCACGUGCGGAAGGCCCACGUGCGGAAGGCCCACGUGCGGAGGAGCCCAGUCCAGUUGCCACACCCCUUGCAACAAACAUACGCCCCCGACAGGAAGACGAGGAGAACAGCAAAUUGCUCCUCUGCUGUCGCCAUCUAGUGGAGGCUUUGAAUUAUCACAGUAGAGAAUGGAAUGCUAUAUGCAGCAGAGAAAAAAAAGAUCCCCAAAAAAUAGUUUGGUACAACCCAAUUCAAGAUAAACCUGAUGUCCAUCCCACCAGAUGCACAUAAAAAACUACAAAAAGGUACCCGAAAAAAAAUGAAACAAUGGACAGAUUUUCUAAGCCCCUUUCACUGUCAGGACACUUUUUGGACUAUGGACUUUUUAAUGCCUUACAAUGCCUGCCUUAAUCAAACCAUUUCUUCAUUUGUUGAAUUUUAAAAGCUUAUAUGAGUUCAUAAUGAUGUUUUUUAAAUCUCUAAGUAGCUGUAAGUACAUUUUUUCACAAUGGUAAUGUUGCAAAGCUGUAGUUUUAACAAAUCUCUUCUCUGUAAAGCGAGUAGUCAAUCAAGCACUUUGUUAUGAAAGAAUAAUAUUGAGACCGAUUUGUCCCCAUUUUUGGAUUUGGAAGAAUGUCUAAAAGUUGUAUACAAAGGUUUACAUGAGGGUGUAGCACAGAAAGCACAAUACCAUUCACCCUUUAUCAGAUUUAAUGCUUUUAUUCAGUUUUUUUUUUUCCAGUUGUGUUUUCCUCCUACAGGGAUUUUACCAUGUUCAGUAUAUGUUGAUUGUUUUUUUGUUUUUUUUGUUUUGGAAAUGAAUUUAUUGAAAUAAUAAAAUUUACACUGGAGAAGGAAUGUGAGAACAGUAUUGCUUAAUAAAAGAAAUAAACUUGA